UAUUCCAUGUCAGUCAUGGUUAUAAUAUUGGUUUUACUUUACAUCAGUUUAAUUCUUUAGAAUAGUAGGAAAAAUUAUCCAGACACUAAUUAUUACAAACUGAAUCUCAGUCGGAGAUAUCAUUGAAAACAAUUUCACCUUAUCCCCGUCACAAAAGAGUAAACUAUUUCAAGUUUAUCUUUUUCUGAAACUUGAUAAUGACUACCCAUAAACGUGGGAGACCAAUUAAACAGGAAGUGGAAUAUUUUGGUGAUGAGAAUGAUACACACAACUCUGAAGAAAAAUUUAAUACACUCCGAGGAAUUACCUCAAAGAAUAAAUUUGGGACAGAACAUAUCAAAAGUGAUGUUAUUGAUAUUGUUUAUCAUAAUCUGAAAUCUGAAAGUUGUCUGGAAGAAGUAAAAGAAGACCCACAUUGUGAGAAGUGUGGACGCGGCUUGCUUAGUCUAACAGAUUUUUUCAGCACCGAUACUUUACAAUCAUGUAACUGCCAUGCUAUGAGAGGUGUUGAUAUGACUCAGGAUUUUAAACCACUUAACUUUGGCUCAGAUUCAGGAAUCUUUUUGCAUGAAACCCAUGAAGAAAUAGUUAUUGGGAAGGAAGAGGAGGUAAUCAGUGAAUAUAUAUCAUCAACGCCACAUGAAAAACUAUUUGCUAUCAAAAAUGUUCAUUCUGUUGAACAUGAAAUGGUACAUAUAACGGGGAAGAUUGAUGAAUUUAGUUCUGGAAACUGUUUGAAUUCAGUUAGAGAGAGUAGAAUUCAUGAGAAAAACGAAAGUUGCUCAAAAAGUGAAGGAAUCGCUGCGAAAUUGGUUGAAAACAAGCAUACUGAGAAACUUCCAGUGUCAUCUAUUGAAAGUAGUAUUUCAAAAAAGAAUAUUGACUCAUUUUAUUGUAAAAUCUGCUCUAAAUUAUGCCAUCAUUCUGGUCAUUUAACGAGGCAUGUAAGAAUUCAUACUGGCGAAAGACCAUUUCAGUGUGGAGUCUGCUCAAAAUCAUUCAUUCAAAAAAGUGAUUUGAAAACUCAUGUAAAAAUUCAUACUGGUGAAAAACCUUUUCAGUGUAAAAUCUGCUCUAAAUCUUUCAUUCAAAAGGGUCAUUUGAAAUCCCAUGAGAAAGUUCAUACUGGGGAAAGACCAUUUCAGUGUAAAAUCUGCUCUAAAUCAUUCACUCAAAAUUGUAAUUUGAAACACCAUGAAAUAAUUCAUACUGGCAAACUUCCAUUUCAGUGUAAAAUCUGCUCUAAAUCUUUCUCUCAAAAUUGUAAUUUGAAAAGCCACGCAAAAAUACACACUGGCGAAAAACCAUUUCAAUGUAAAGUUUGCUAUAAAACGUUCACUGAGAAAAGACGUUUGAAAGUGCAUGACAGAAUUCAUACUGGCGAAAAACCCUUUCAAUGUAAGGUCUGUUUCAAAUUCUUCAUUCAGAAAUAUAAAUUGAAAUUGCACGAAAGAAUUCAUACUGGUGAAAAACCUUUUCACUGUAAAAUCUGCUCUAAAACUUUCGUUCAUAAUAGUAAUUUGAAAUACCAUGAGAAAGUUCAUAUUGGCGAAAGACCAUUUCAGUGUAAAAUCUGCUCUAAAUCAUUCAUUCAAAACAGUACUUUGAAAUCCCAUGAAAAAAUUCAUACUGGCGAUAAACCAUUCAAGUGUAAAAUCUGCUUCAAAUCAUUCGUUCGUGAAAGUGAUUUGAAAAGACAUGAAAAAGUUCAUACUGGUGUAAAACCGUUUCAAUGUAAAAUUUGUUCUGAAUCUUUCAUUCGAAAUUGUCAUUUGAAAUCCCAUGAGAAAGUUCAUACUGGUGAAGAAUCAUUUCAGUGUAAAAUCUGCUCUAAAUCAUUCCGUCAUAGUAGUACUUUGAAAGCACAUGAAAAAAUUCAUACUGGCGAUAAACCAUUCAUGUGUAAAAUCAGCUCCAAAUCAUUCCUUCGUGAAAGUGAUUUGAAAAGACAUGAAAAAGUUCAUAUUAGUGAAAAACCGUUUCAAUGUAAAAUGUGUUUCAAGUCGUUCAGUAAGAAUAAGUAUCUGAAAAUACAUGAAAAAAAGCAUACUGACAAAAAAAUAUUUCGCUGUAAAAUAUGCUCUGAAUCUUUCAUUAAAAAAAAUCAUUUGAAAUUGCAUGAAAAAAUUCAUAAUGACUAAAAACCAUUUCAUUUAUAACAGCGACAGUAAAAUAAAACAUUGUUGAAAAAGAACAAGUCAUAUAAUAUAUCUGUUAUGUUCUUUAAUAAGGGUGUGACAAAUUUUCGAAAAUUCCGUCCAAUAAAUUAAAAGGUUAUUACUUCUAAUGUUUUGCCAGGCUUUUAAUCAACCAUUUUUUCAAUACAGAGUUUCUUGAUCAACUGAAUAACAGAACUGACCUACUAUACUGACCUGGUUCAUUUCUCAUGUUUUUUUAAGUUUUUAUGAAUAGAAUAGUGCAAGUUCAUUUUCAAAUGAGAAGUGAUUACUUAUCAAAUUCAUAUUUUGGUUACUAUGAACAUAGAACAAAUGGAAAAUUGGUGCCAAAAUCGAACCUUGUGGUACAUCAAAAGUUGAAAAUGUUUCACAACUUUUACUAUUAUUGAUUACCAUCGUGAACAGGAUUUUUGGUUUUAGGGGUAGGUUUCUGAUUGAAAACAACUACGGUGAAGGAUGAACGGUUUAAUUUCAAUGGAAGAAUCAUAACAUUAUUGUAGAAGGUGCCUAUUCUGUUGUCUAAAUAAAAGGGUAACCUAAUUACAAUAAAUCACCUAAGUAAGUUUUACCUACCUAAAUAAAAGGCCAGCACGAACUAAAUAGCGGCAAUGCGUCGUAUUUAGUUGUUGAUCACCAAUAGUACCUAAUUAUUGAGACAAAACAAUUUCAAAGUUGUAAGAAAAGAAAUCUGCCUUAGAGGUGCCCUUUUUGCCCCCUCCCCAAAUAGAUUACUCCAGGUAUGUGCACAGUUCAUAUUUUCCCACCAAUAGCCAUCGGUCCACUUGAGGACCGAUCUAUUGCGAGGAUGCCUUCUGAAACCGACCACUAGUGAUUCGUUACAAUCGAUUUCGAAAAUACUUUUGAAAUUGUGUGAGUUAUUGCACCGAUUCUUAAAUGGCUUCCUUCCGAAAUUUCAUUCUAGCAAUAGCUGGAAUGAAAACAGUUGGAAAAUGGCGUUCACGCCAUUUCAAAAAAAAAAACCAAAUGUAUUGUGUUGAUAUUCCACAUGAAUUCCCAGAGCCAAUCGGCGCUCAACGAUCCAUAAUUGAAACAAUAGUAACUUGAUAGCACAUAUUAUGUUCGUGUUCUUAUAUUUGUGUUUCUCUAAUUCGUGAAUCAUUAAUGGGGUGCGUAUGGAGGUUCUAAAAAAAUUGCCAAACAUCCCGCUCAGCUCCCGUCACGUGUAGUCGCUUGCUCACAGUGUAUACCCAUAUAUCCCAUACCGUUGGAUAUUUUUAACUACUUGCAUACUAAUAAAUCAAUUUGUGUUUGAAAAUCUGUCCACAGCCCUUGAAAUUUACCUCAUAUUGCCUGUCAAAACUGGAAAUGAUAAAUUCAUCAAUGAUCAAUAUUGAACACUAAAUAAAACUUGAAAUUAUCACAGUUUAGCCAAUGCGAAACCACAAAAAGUAAAUUUUUCGUAAUUACACUUAAUAUUAGGAGCAUCCUAUAAUGAUUCGUUUUUAAAUUAAAAAUUUUUAAAUUAUAAAGGUGUGCUUUAUUAUUUGUAACCCUUCUCUCUCUAUAUUGAUGGCUUCUGCUUCCAUUGAGGCGCAUUAAGUCAUUUGUAACCCCCUUCUUUCCUAGAUAAUACUCAACUCUUCUGUAACAUCCAUUCGAGAUUAUUAACUGAUAUGACUCAGAAUCGAAUAAUCUGAUGAAUUUAUAUGUCAACUGUAGUAGUAGGGCAUAAUUUUCCAUCAUCAGCUAUCAUAG